ACAAGUCUUAUAGAAGUAUGAAAUAAUUUUGUAGUUCGGAAAGCCCAACACAAUUGAAAAAAAAAAAAAUAGAGUGGAUGCAGGGGAAACAAGAAAAACAAGAAGCAUGAAGAAGAUAAAAUGCGAAGAUCUAGGGAUAAACAUGUGCGCAUUUGCAGUUUCAUGGUGGGGAAAAAGGUGUGUGCUUGAAAAGACGGUGAAACAUGACGGAGAAGAAGGAUUCACAUGUCAGAUAUCAAAGAUUAUGGAAGUGAAGAAAUUAAGGAACAGAGUCGAAACAGAUAAGUGUGUCCGACGUUGUGGCCUCGACAGGAACACCCUCGGCAUCUCCUCCGAUUCCCUCCUAGAUACUCGUUUCACUCGCAACCUCUGUUUUUCUCACUGCUAUAACCAUUGCCCCAAUAUCGUCCACCUUUUCACCAAUCUCGCCGCAGCUGAAGGUUUGUAUCUUCCAAAACUUUGUAAUGCUGAAGGAGGAAAUGUGAGAAGAGAAAUGUCCAAUAUUAGAAGUUCUGGGAUAGUUGCAUCGGGACCUAUUCAGUCGGCUUCGAUUUUGAUUGCGCCCGCCGUCACACAAGAGCCACUUCAGUUCAACUCUAUGUCGUUUGCUCCGGUCACAAAUGGAGUUUGAUCAGAAAAAGGGAAUUAUAAUAAUGGAAGAAGAAGAAGACUAAAAAGCUUUGGGUGUUCAUGGUUUCAAUUUCACCAUGCUUACCUUUUCAUUUUAUUUUCCAUUCUUUUGACUGU